UCGACGUAGCAGGCGGGAACCAGCUGACGAACACCAGGACCGUCAAGGCCAGCGGAGCCGAAGCCCACGGACUCCGACAUUACCGGCCCGACAGUCUGAGGGAGACCUCAAGGAUGAAACAAUACGGCGCCUCGAGACGAUGCUCCACGAGCUCUCCUCGAGAGUACAUCGGGCGACGAGCUCCGCUCCCAAUCUCGAUCGAGUACUGGAGGAAGUCCAGCGCUCGCCAUUUACAGCAUGGAUCUCCCGCGUUCGCAUUCAUUACGUGAACAAAUUCAAGUUCGCCCCGUAUAAUGGAUUGGAUGAUCCAAAACCGUUCUUAACUUCAAUGAGUGUUGCGAUUGGCCGAGCUCAUUUCAGCGAGGAGGAGUACGAAGCUGGCUGCUGCCACUAUCACGAGCUAACAACCGCUUUCCUACAACACCAUUCCACGUUCAUGAUUCGAGGUGCCUCGAAUGCCGACCUCUGGAACAUGUUUCAACAAAACAACGAGUCACUCCGGGAAUUCAUGGAGAGAUUCAAAAGAAUAGUCUCGAAACUCUCGAUCGCUGACGACACAACAAUCUCAGCUCUCCGUAAUGCUCUUACUCACGGUUCCCGAUUUCGGGAAGACAUUAUCAUCCACGAACCCCUAUCCCUGGACGACGCGUUACACCGCGCCAACAGGUACAUCGAGCUGGACGAAGAAAGCGCAUCGAGAGCGAACCGACCAUUGCCAGAACCGCCAACCUCAAAGUUGGUCAAAGGAAAGGAAAAGGCACAGGAUGAGCAUCAUGAGCCUCGUCAGCACUUCGACAAGGAAUACGCUGAUAAGCAGGAAAAAGCAAAGAAAGCUCAAGCCUUCGCUGUUAGCGAUCAGGACCCCCAAGCGUCAUCAUCGAAACCCUGGAAUAACAAAUGGGUCCGGGACCCAUCGGGUAAGGGUGGAAAGAAGUACUGCAACUACCAUAAACGAGCAGGGCAUACCACUGAAGAAUGCCGCACCCUCCAGCAAAUACUGCUGGAUAAAUUCAAGGGAGGCCACAUUGACGUCGAACACGAGCGACGACUAACAACGGCCCACAGGGAUAAUCAAUUUUUUAACCCUGAGAACGAGAACCUCAGUAGGCAGUACAGCACAGCUCCCGCGCCACAGCACAGCACAAGGGCCCUACCCCUGCCCCCGCCCCCAGCACCAACCCUUAAAAGGAACCCCGAGCCGGCCGACGACCCAAACGCUCCAGCUCCGCGUCAAAGAAUUAAUAUGAUUAUGGGCGGCCUAACGACUUGCCGAGACUCAGUGCGUUCCAUCAAAGCUUAUCGGCGGGGACUAGAAGUGAAGCGGGACUGGAUGGCUCAAAGUACACCGCCGACCACAACCUAUGAGCCGAUCACAUUCACGGAAGACGAUGCGUCAGGCCUAGCCGGGCCGCACAAUGACCCCCUCGUGGUCGAGAUGACAAUUGGUGAAAGCAUAGUCACCAAAAUCUUGAUUGAUACUGGCAGCUCGGUAAACGUCAUUUUCAAAGACGUACUAAUUCAGAUGGAGGUAGACCUGCGAACGGCCGAUCAUGACGUCCAACCCCUCACAGGCUUUGACGGCGACACGGUUAUGACAGUUGGUACGAUCAUGCUACCAGUCUACGUAGGCGGAACGAUGCACUGCAUCAAUUUUGCCAUCAUCGAUAAACCAAUCGUCUACAACGUCAUCCUGGGGACUCCAUGGUUGCAUAAGAUGAAAGCUGUGGCGUCGACGUACCAUCAGUGCGUAAAGUUUCCAACCUCAAGAGGAAUAUUCACGCUACGAGGAGACCCGUUGAUCGCCAGAACUUGCUUCAUCAUCGAACGACAACAGCGUAGCGCCCGCACCUUCGCAAUCUCAGACCCCGCCAAGCAGCCAGAUGGUCGUGUCCGUCCCAACACCGAGCUAAUCAUCCAGGUNUCAAAGAAUUAA